UUAUAAGGUUGAAGGUUGAAAACUCAUAUCAAAGGAAGUUAAAGCGGAAAAGAAGAAUACCUAAUGUUCAACCGUGCAAGGCCCAUCUUCCAUCUGCUGAUACGAAAUUCCCCCGCUUCUCCAAUCCUCACACACCUCAAAACCCUAACCACGAUCACCACCCACCUCCAAAACACUAUCACAUCAAAGAAAGAUGACUAUUUUGCAGUUGUCCACCACAUUUCCGCCAUUGUUCGCCGCGACUUCUACCUUGAACGAACACUCAACAAGCUCCCCAUCUCUGUCACCUCUGAUCUUGUUUACCGAGUCCUCCGGAGCUGCCCGAACUCUGGCACGGAGUCCCUCCGCUUCUUCAACUGGGCUCGCUCCCACCUUUCCUACCAGCCCACCACCCUCGAGUAUGAAGAGCUCCUCAAAACCCUAGCCCGCACCAAGCAAUUCCAACCCAUGUGGAAAAUCGCCCACCAAAUGCAGACUCUCUCGCCUACAGUUGUCUCUUCCAUCAUUGAAGAGUUUGGAAAACAUGGCCUCGUCGAUCAGGCAGUAGAGGUCUUCAACAAGGCGAAAAGUGCUUUAAAUUGCCCCCAAACAAUUGAGGUAUACAAUUCUCUAUUGUUUGCCCUUUGUGAAGUCAAAUAUUUCCACGGUGCAUAUGCGUUGAUUAGGAGGAUGAUUAGGAAGGGGGUGACUCCGAAUAAGCAGACUUAUUCCGUGCUAGUGAAUGGGUGGUGUGCAGCAGGGAAGAUGAAGGAGGCACAGGAUUUCUUGGAGGAGAUGAGUAGGAAGGGGUUCAAUCCACCAGUGCGAGGCCGGGACCUUUUGGUUGAUGGGUUGUUGAAUGCUGGAUAUUUGGAAGCUGCAAAGGAGAUGGUGAGGAAGAUGACUAAGGAGGGGUGUGCGCCAGAUGUAGAGACCUUGAAUUCAAUGUUGGAGGCAAUUUGUAAAGCAGGGGAGGCUGAGUUCUGCAUUGACAUUUAUAAUGAUGUGUGUAGAUUAGGAGUUUCUCCCAAUGUGGGUACAUAUAAGAUUAUGAUUCCUGCAGCUUGCAAAGAGGGUAGAAUUGAUGAGGCCUUUAGGAUUUUGCAUCGUUCUAUUGAGGAUGGACAUAGGCCAUUCCCCAGUUUGUAUGCACCAAUUAUUAAGGCACUUUGUAGGAACGGUCAGUUUGAUGAUGCAUUUUGUUUUUUCAGUGAUAUGAAGGUUAAGGGGCAUCCACCCAACCGGCCAGUUUACACUAUGUUGAUAACAAUGUGUGGGCGGGGAGGUAGGUUUGUGGACGCUGCCAAUUAUUUGGUGGAGAUGACUGAAUUGAAUUUGACACCAAUUUCCCGGUGCUUUGAUAUGGUCACUGAUGGAUUGAAGAAUUGUGGGAAGCACGACCUGGCUAGGAAGAUAGAACAAUUAGAAGUGUCUCUUCGGGGUGUAUGAUAUAGCAAUUAACAGUUCAAUUAAACCAUACUAUCUUAUCUGAUGCAAGGUGCAUUUUCUAAGCUUAAGACCGUGAUGAAUAAAUACCUCACGAGAAGGAAAGGGGUCGAUGCUAGAAAGGUAGAUGACACUUUGCUUCUCUGCUCCAUGAAUUUAAUUAUCCUCUCAAUACUUUUUUAAUUUAAAUGUUAGGAGUUCUUUUUUGCAAGAUUGUCAUGCAUAUCCGGUGAAUAAAAGCAUAUAGUUCACUUUGA